UGAGCAACCCUGGUACUCCUCGGUGGCUAACUUCAGUCUGCCCUACACCUCAGCGGUAGAGGCUCUAUUCGUCCAUUCAAUGAAAAGUACCGAUCAGAACCUCGUCCAGACCAUUGUGGAUCCUUCCCUUGCCGGCAAGAACGAAGUCCGCGUGGGGGUCGAGGUCAUCUAUCACCACACCUCUGUAAGGGAUGCACUUUGGGUCGGUGAACUCGCGCAGAACAAUCGACGGGCCAAAGGCGUUGCAGUCUAUGGAUGGGACGACCCUCUCGUGGGAGGUCAGCAAAGAAUACUCAGCACGAGUUCCUGACUCUGUCGCAUUGGAAACUCGAGCCGGAUCCAUCAGGUUCAAUUACAUCGAGGCCCUCAGUAACGUCUCCCUUCUAUCCUCUGCGGGUGGCAUUCAUCACAGCGGAACACGCUCGCAGAUCAAGGCAGACAGCGUCAAGGUCAAAGCCAACGCAGGGAGCAUCGACGGCACCUACCGGGUCAUCGACAAGCUCGAUCUAUACGCCAGCGCCGGCUCCGUUCGAGUCGAGGUGCUCCUGCCCGGCAAGCAAACUUCCUCCUUCCGCUCCACAGCAGACGAAGACUCCUAUGAGCAAUCCUCCCCUCAUGUCAUGGCACGCAGUAAUGCCGGCUCGGUGCACGUACGCUACACCGAACAGCACCCCUCCGUCGAGCUACACUCUGAUGUUGCCUCCCGCGCGGGCACGACCGAGGUUCAGCACGCGCCCAACUACCAAGGGACCUUCCAUCUCGCGUCUGGAGCUGGAUCGAUCCAUAUGUCUGUGGAUGAUCAGGUCAAGAGAUGCAAGACGACCGUGGACCGUAAGAGGCCUGCGGGGGGACUUAUUGAAGGAGAGGUUUGGAUUGAGAGGGAGGAUGGGUGGAGCAAAAAGGGGUCGUCCAGUGUGGUUACUGAUGCUGGGAGUGUCAAGGUUUACCUCUGAAGGGGGAAAGUGAUUGAAAGAGAGAAUCGGUUGUUGUUGUUGUAGCUUUACUCUGCGUAUCCAAUGCGUGUCGACUGCUUU